AGGUAUUACCGGUACUGGCUAGCUUAUGAUACCUGAAAUGCGUUAUAAGUAGGGGCCAGACCGGACAAUCCCCGUGCCCUCGACUCUCUGCCCGCCCCCAGCUCUCCACUUCCCCCCUACGUCUAUCGAUGAACCUCGGUGGGCAAGACGCCGACAAUAAAACAACAACAACAACAUGACGCCAAUGCCCGACUCAGUCAUCAUAGUUGGCGGCUCACUGAGUGGGUUGAUGCAUGGAGUGCUUCUUAAGCGACAAGGGAUCAAUGUCACAAUCCUCGAGCAAGAUUCUGCAUCAGAACGGAGCAGCCACAACGCUGGCAUCCGUAUUGACGAAAACGUCAAUGAAUUUCUGUCUCAACAUGACCGGACUGGUCUCCGGUUGUCCCUCGAAAGCAACGCCAACUUUAUAUCUGUCCGCAAACACGAGAACGUCGUGAAGGCGGACAAGGGCACUACUAGGUACUGGACGAACUGGGGCUACCUGUACCGAAUAUUGCGCGCCAAUUUCGAUGGCUACGCUUCUAAAGCAUGCCCCAAUCCUCCAUCUUCGAGUCCUGGAGAUGGGACUGCGAAUUACUUAACUGGGAGGCGUGUAAUAAGCCUGCAUUACACAUACGGUAUAAUUACCGUUCGUUAUCUGGAUAUAGGCACAAACAAGGAAGGCUCCAUCACCUCGGAACUCGUUAUCGGUGCCGAUGGGCUCCGCUCAACUAUCCGCAACCUUUCCCACGCCCCCUUAGCUCGACCCGAGACGUAUUCCGGCUUUGUCGCCUGGAGAGGCGCAGUUCCACGACACUCAGUUUCCUCAACAACAUCCGACUUCUUCUCCGGGCAGGUGUCAUCCAACUUCCUGGGCCAGAACAGCUACAUGAUCUGCUACGUGAUCCCAACAGACGAGGGUGACUUUACUCCGGGAUCGCAGCUCAUCAACUGGGUACUGUAUCAAGACGUGAUCGAAGGAUCCGCGGCCGAGGCAGCGAUCUUUACGGAUGCCAGCGGCCGCCGUCAUCAGCGUACCAUCCCACAGGGAAGUGUCGAUCCACGUACCUGGGACAGGUUUCGUGAACCUCUGGUUGAGCGCAUGGCUGCCCCGUUCGCAGAGUUGGUUUCGGCAACCACGGAGCCGUUUGUCACCAAGGUCAGUGAUGUCCUGUGCAGCAAGGCAAGCUUCUGUGGCGGCCAAGUGGUGCUUGUAGGAGACGCUCUGGCGACUUACCGUCCCCACGCGGGCAUGGCUACCGACCAGGCUGCCAGUCAUUGUCUGGAACUUGCGAAGGUGUGGCGGGGUCAAAUAGAGUUGGCAAGGUGGGAGAAACAGGCUUUUGUGAAUGCGAAGAGAAUGUAUCUCUGGAGCAGGCUAAUGGGGGAGUUUGGAAGAGGUACAUGGGUUUCAUUCCUCAGGUCGAUUGUUUCAUAUCUGGUAUUUAUAGUGCGUGCUUGACUUCAGUAUUGGACAGCCGAAGCUUUAAAGCUGCACUGGCAACUGGCCAGCACCUCGAGCUAGAUUUUAAUCUUCCCUCACUGGUUUCAUUUCUG